AUGAGUUCCCAUGAAAUGCCUAUGAUCCUAUUGAUUCAUCCAGGUGAGGACGCCGCGAGUGGCGCCCCCGUGCCGCCACACGUGCAGCGGGUCUUCUUGCCACCCUUGGGGCCAAAAGCGAUGGAGGAUGCGGAGGUGAAGCGCUCGAUCGAGAAUUUGCGGAAACAACUGAAGGCGAAGGAUUCCAAGCUCUCCAAGCAGACGGAGCGGCUACACGGCCUGGGUGAACUGCUCGAGGAGCGCGACGUGCAGCUGGCGGAACUGACCUCGGCGAGGAGGGAUCGCGAGAAGCUGCGGGUGAAGCUGGCAGACCUGGAGGACGCCAUGAAGACUCAGAAGAAGGUCCUGAGCCGCGCCGACGCGGAACGGCGAUUGAUCGCCCAGGAGGCGCGGCUCAAGGAGUCCGAACGACAGAUCAAGGAGCUGGGGGAAAACUUGCACAAAGAGCGUGAGGAGCGUCAGGUGGUGACUUUGGAGCUGCGUUCCCUGGAGCAACGCUUGAACCACGGCAGCGUUUCGGCUGGCGCCAUGGACGAGGCCAAUGAGGCCAUGGCCAAGGAGCUGGCGGAGCAACAGGUGCAACUGGAGCAGCGCCGGGAGGAGGUGGUGAAGUUGGAGGAAUCUCUGGGAGUCGCGCAGGCGGAGGUCAAAAAACUCAGUGAGCGCGUGAGACCGGAAGCAGAAGAAGUGGCCGCGCUGCCGCAAGUGCAACGGAAGCUCCGAAAGUUAGAGGAGGUGGACCAGCAACUCGCGAGGCGCCUGGAGCUGGGGCAGCUGGGGGGUGUCGUCCAUCUGGAUCUGGUGAUUGGUUCAUUGGUUUCACUGGAAUUGCAUUUUGCAUUUAGCUGGAGUGGAAAAUCUGAAUCUGCAGGUGCUGCUUGCUUUAUUUAA